CUCCUUUCCUCAAUCUUCACUUAUCCUGUACAGAACUCAAGCGUGUGUGAUUUCAUUCUCUCUCUCUCUCUCUCUCUCUCUCUCUCUCUCAAUCACCCUUUUCUUUGUAUCCUCUCACAUUCGUAACUUUCCUUCGAAACAAAUCUCUCCAAAAUCACCUCAAUGCCCUCAUAACCCUCCUCAACUUUUUUUCCAAACUCCACAAACUCUGCCCCCUUUUCGGACAUCUCAACAAAACCCGUAGCUUUCAAACGCAUCCCUUAACGAUUCCACUGUCAAGACCGGUAUAGUAUUCGUUCCUGUUCCUCGUGGUACGGCUGAAGCUCCAAGGAAUGGAGAAGUACGAGCUUGUGAAGGAUAUAGGGUCUGGGAAUUUCGGAGUGGCGAGGCUUAUGAGGAAUAAGGAGACCAAAGAGCUUGUUGCCAUGAAGUACAUCGAAAGAGGCCUCAAGAUUGAUGAGAAUGUGGCAAGGGAGAUCAUAAACCACAGAUCGCUCCGUCAUCCUAAUAUAAUCCGAUUCAAAGAGUUGGUUUUGACUCCAACCCAUCUUGCUAUUGUCAUGGAGUAUGCGGCGGGUGGGGAGCUAUUCGAGCGAAUCUGCAGUGCCGGAAGAUUCAGCGAAGAUGAGGCUAGGUACUUCUUCCAGCAGCUUAUUUCCGGAGUCAGCUACUGUCACUCCAUGCAAAUAUGCCACAGAGAUUUGAAGCUCGAAAACACGCUGUUGGAUGGAAGCCCUGCACCACGGCUGAAAAUUUGUGAUUUUGGUUACUCCAAGUCAUCUCUACUGCAUUCGAGACCCAAAUCAACUGUUGGCACUCCUGCAUAUAUCGCUCCGGAGGUUCUUUCUAGGAGAGAAUAUGAUGGCAAGUUAGCGGAUGUAUGGUCAUGUGGGGUGACUCUAUAUGUAAUGCUGGUGGGAGCAUAUCCUUUUGAAGAUCAAGAAGACCCCAAGAACUUCAGAAAGACUAUCCAAAGAAUAAUGGCUGUCAAUUACAAGAUCCCCGACUAUGUCCAUAUUUCUCAAGAUUGUAGACAUCUCCUGUCUCGUAUAUUUGUCGCUAAUUCAGCCCGGAGGAUCACUAUUAAGGAAAUCAAAAGCCAUCCAUGGUUCCUGAAGAACUUGCCAAGGGAACUAACUGAACCAGCUCAAGCCAUCUAUUACAGGAAAGAAAAUCCUAGCUUUUCCCUCCAAACAGUGGAGGACAUCAUGAAAAUUGUUGAAGAGGCUAGAACUCCUCCUCCAGUCUCCCGCUCAAUUGGAGGUUUUGGCUGGGGAGGGGAAGAAGAUGAAGGAAAGGAGGAAGAAGAGGCAGAAGAAGCCGAGGAAGACGACGACGACGAAGAUGAAUACGAUAAGAGAGUUAAGGAGGUACAUGCAAGUGGAGAGUUUCAUCUCACUUGACAGGAUUGAAUUCUCUGCUUUCCAUGGUUGUGUAAAGUCAAUACACUUGCUUAGAAUAUGGGCUUUAAUAAUAUGCAUGUAAAUUUAUAAUGGUUUAAAGCCAAAGUUUGUGGAUCUUGACUGAGUGUGAAUGUCAUGUGUGCUGUGUUGAAUUUGGAUUA